ACCCAUUGCCUCACCAUAUCUUCAUAGAAGAAAAAAGGAACAACGAUAAGCUAUGUGCCUUCCACAACUUUUACUUCUAGUGUUCAUGGUAUGUUCAGACCAAGUUAGUGCGAUAUCAUGGUUACACAAUCCAUAUACUUGGGAUAUAGCUCUAUCCGAGAAACAACCAUCCUCGUAUAGCAGCCCGCUACUCAUGAAGGCUGGCAUGAAGAGUAAGAUAACCCAUUAUGCAACCUAUACGUCAAACACGUUCCAUGAAUCUGUGCUUACCGGUGGCAUGGCAACAUUUAAUAUAUGGAUUCUGCAAAAUAAGAAGGACCAAAUAAGCGCGUCAGCAAUAUGGGUAUCAAAUACAGAAGGUGAUGACGAUAGUACCACCAAUACCGCGGUAGCUGGAUUAGAAGUUAACCCAUCUAGGUAUGGUGAUAGCAAAACACAUUUCUUUAUGGAAUGGACGGCUGAUGGGUAUAAAUCGACUGGAUGCAUAAACUUGGAAUGUGAUGGUUUUGUGCCUGUAAAUUAUGCCCCUAUUACUCCAGGAGAUACUAUAGAGGCAACAGGUGGAAAAACUAAGGUCACUAUCAAGAUAUUCAAGAACAAAGCAGACGGUGACUGGUGGCUGCACUUUGGAUAUGAUAAUCGAAACCUUACCCGUGUUGGGUAUUGGCCCAAAAGUAUUUUUAAAAGUUUGGCAGACCAUGCAAACUACAUAAUUUGGGGUGGUUUCACUGCAUCAUAUGCUGGGGAUGCUAGUCCUGCAAUGGGGAAUGGACACUGGCCCGGAGAAAAAUCCGCAUAUGUUCGAGAUAUCAAAUACGUUAACACUGAUGGCCAAGGUGACUGGGAGCCUGCUCCAGGCCCCAAUGGCCUUCGUGCUUAUAUAUCUCAUGAGAAAUGCUAUGGACUAAGCCCAUAUCGAAAUGAUAUGUUCUAUUAUGGAGGACCUGGAGGUUGUACUAAGUAAGUUUACCAUAUAUGCCUAAGGCCGUCGGCAUAUGAGGUCAUUCUGGCAAUGAUGAAUGAUGGAAUAAAGACGCAGUGCUUAAUUUCAACUCAA